UCGUCUGCAAUGCUUCUCUGGAGGGGGAGGGACAGGCCAUCUCCAUGGUGCGUGCUGUACACACACUCUUGUCUCAGAGGAGCUGUCCGGUGCCCUAUGUGCAACAUGGAGGUGGAACUGCAGGAAUAUUUCAGGGUGCUCUUCGAGGACAAGCUGCUGGUGCGAAUGCCAGAUCGGGAGGAUGAUUUCCUUACGCCAGCUACACGACUUCUAGAGAAAAAGCGAGAAAUGAUUGAAGUUGAACAAGCAUUAAACACACAAAAAGAGGAGUUUCAGAUGAAGACUGAGAGUUUGCAGCAGCGUCGUGCUGAGUUGGAGCACAAGGAAGAGAAGCUGAAGGAUUCCUUGUUUAAAUUUGAUAAGUUCCUCAAGGAGAAUGACUCAAAGCGGAAGCGUGCCCUGCGGAAAGCAGGUGAGGAGCGGCAGCUAGCUGUACAGAAGGAAAGGGAGGCAAUGCGAUUGCGAGCCGAGAAUAUGCAACUACAAUCCAGGAAGGAGAGAUUGGUGCAUCGCCAGGAGAGGAACAGCCUAUACCAACACUACCUGCAGGGAGUGCUGGAGAGGACAGAGGAGUUCCAAGAAGUGCAGGAGAUGAUUGACCGAUUCAACACCCUAAUGGCCACACAAGGCAAGUUAUUGCAACGGGAGCUGGAACACCAGGAGAAGACUGAGAGAGAAAAGGCACGGCUGCUGCAUUAUCAGGAAGAGGCACACAGCCAGAUUCUGGAGCUCAAUAACCAAUUGGCAGAUCUGCAAGCCCAGCUGGAAAAAGCAAGGGCUGUAGUUCUUGAAUGGGAGUCCCACUGGGCACAAAUCCAGAACACAGCAGCGGAGAACACCUUACGCUUGGGGCAGAUCAGGAUGGCAACUCUGAAUCUCUUCCAGAUCAUCACCAAACAGAUGCAUAUCAAGUCUGAUGUAUCCAUAGAGGACACAGAGUUGCAGCUUGAAAAGAUUAAGGUCUGUUUUAUGGAUCUGGAUGCCAUAUACAAGGAUCUGACUCCACAGACGCCAAUUGUGUCCAUUGCUAACUGAUCUGCCAUCCUUGAGGGAAUAUCAGUGGGCACAGUUGCUGCACCACUUAGUGAAAUACCCUAUAUUUGUGUUCUCCUUAAUAAACUAUGUAUAAGGUACCAGUCUACAGUGCAGUGUGAUAUAGUACUCUACUAUACUGGAUCCAUUGCAUUUCCUAUAAACUGUUGAAGUGGUAAAUUUGUAAGCAUAUAUGCUGGCAUGGCCGUCAAUAGAGAGACCAUUGCCAAUUUAAGGGUGACAUUAUACACUUAAAAAAUAGGAUUUUGGUACUUACCAGGUAAAUCCUUUUCUUUGAAUCCAUAGGGGGCACUGGAGUACUCUUGGGAUAUGGACGGCUUCCACAGGAACAAGGCACUGAAUAAAUUAAUUUUGGAACUACUCCUCUCCUCCAUAUCCCAGAGUACCUCAGUGUUUUUUACUGAGCCGAACAGGAGCUAUAGAGGUUGACAAUGGAGAAUUACAUAUAACAUAACGGACAACAAUAAAGUUGACACAACAUUACUGACAACUAAACAGUUGACACCAUAACCGAUUAGAACUAGAUAAUUUGAACCAGUCGGUGAGAAAGUGUUACCAUAAGAUCUACUGAACUUACCCCAAACCAGGUAAAACUGCUCUGGGUGUGCGUCCAGUGCCCCCUAUGGAUUCAAAGAAAAGGAUUUACCUGGUAAGUACCAAAAUCCUAUUUUCUUUUUCAUCCACUAGGGGUCACUGGAGUACUUUUGGGACGUACCAAAGUUUCCCCCGUGAGCGGGAGAGCUGUUUGGCACCUGUAACACUAGGCGGCCAAAGCUAGAUGCUGAUGCCGCAAACGUAUCAAACUUGUAAAAGUGCACAAACGUGUGCACUGAAGACCAUGUAGCCGCACGGCCACGCUGUGUCGUAGAAGCUCCACGACUCGAUGCCCAUGACGUUCCCACAGCACGUGUGGAAUGAGCUGUCACUGAUGUAGGCGGCUGUAACCUAGCAUGAAGGUAAGCCUGACGUAUGGUCAGUUUAAUCCAUCUGGAUAAGGUCUGCUUAGAAGCUGGCCAACCCAUCUUGGCAGCAUCAUAGAGAACAAACAACGUAUCCGUCUUACGAACUGUCGACGUUCGGGAUACAUAAACGCGUAAUGCGCGUACCAUAUCCAACGUUUCAGAAUCUCCUGUUAACACAGGAACUACUAUUGGUUGAUUGAUGUGAAAAGAUGACACCACCUUUGGUAGGAAAGCAGGAUUCGUCCGAAGUUCCGCUCUGUCAUCAUGAAACACCAAAUACGGUGGCUUGCACGACAAGGCACCCAAAUCUGAAAACACACCUUGCUGAAGCUAAGGCUAAGAGAAAAAUUGUUUUCCAAGUGAGAAAUUUAAUAUCCACUUGUUGUAAGGGUUCAAAGUAUAAGGACUGUAAGAAAUCUAAAACCAGAUUCAAGUCCCAUGGCGCUGUAGGUGAAAUGAAUCGGGGCUGUACUCUGAGGACACCCUGCAGAAACGUGUGUACCGACGGCAAUAGAGCCAAUUUUCUUUGAAAGUAAAUUGACAACGCAGAUAUCUGCACUUUUAGUGUGGAUAGACGCAGUCCUCCAUCUAACCCCAUCUGUAGAAAUAACAAAAGACGGGAUAACUUGAAAGAUGAUGUCGGAAACUUUCGAGAUUCACACCAACCUAUAUAGGCACGCCAGAUUCUGUAAUAAUGAGCUGCCAUAACCGGCUUCCUAGCUCGUAACAUGGUUGGUAUAACCGAUUCUGGAAUGCCCUCUCUUCUUAAGAGGGCGGUCUCAACAGCCACCCCGUCAAACACAGCCGCGCUAAAUUGGGGUAAAGGAACGGACCCUGUUGUAACAGGUCCGGACGUAGUGUGAGCGGCCAAGGAUUGUCUGCGAGUAGUCCGCGGAGAUCCGAGAACCAAGCUCUCCGAGGCCAAUGAGGCGCCACUAGUAUGACUGUGACGGACUCUCUCUUGAUCCGUUUUAGCAACAGAGGGAGCAGCGGAAACGGUGGAAACAGAUACACGAGGCUGUACGGCCACGCGAUUGUGAGAGCAUCCACCGCCACCGCCUUUGGAUCUCUCGUUCCGGACACCUACUGGGGCAUUUGGUGAUUGUGGCGAGAUGCCAUCAGAUCCACUUAAGGGUAACCCCACCUCUGGACCAACAUGUGAAACACUUCUGGAUUUAAUGCCCAUUCUCCUGGAUGAAAAUCCCGACGGCUGAGAUAAUCCGCCUCCCAGUUGUCCACUCCCGGAAUGAACACUGCCGACAAUAUCACUUGGUGAUACUCGGCCCACCUGAGGAUCCGAGCUACUUCCCGCAUUGCCAUGCGGCUUCUCGUUCCUCCUUGCUUGUUGAUGUAUGCGACCGCCGUCGCAUUGUCUGACUGCACCUGAACAGUCUGAAACUGAGACUCGCGUCUGUCGAUAGAAUUAUCCAAUUCCAGGCGCCGAACAGUUUCCCUCCGGUUAGAUUGUGUACUUUGAGCCACCAGAGAAGAGACACUCUGGCCUGUGGCGACAACUUCACCCUGUGGUGAAUCUGCAGAUGCGAGCCCGACCACUGUGCUAGCACAUCUAGUUGAAAAGGACGUGAGUGAAAUCUUCCGAACUGAAGCGCUUCGAAAGCCGCCACCAUUGUGCCUAAGAGGCGAAUGCACAAAUGUACCGAGACUGUGCGUGGCUUGAGUACUAAUUGUACUAGAUGACGAAUGACCUGUACUUUCUGUUCUGGUAGGUAAAUUCUUUGAUUUACCGUAUCGAGAAUCAUACCUAGGAAUUGAAGUUGUUGAGACGGAAUCAGAUAUGAUUUCUUGAAAUUGACUAUCCAACCGUGCCGAACUAGUACAUUGUAUGUUAGCAACGCCUGUUGGUGAAGCAUCUGUUGAGACGGAGCCUUGAUGAGAAAAUCGUCCAAAUACGGAACAAUUAUUACUCCCAGGGAUCUGAGAUGAGCUAUCAUCACAGACAUCACCUUGGUGAAUACCCGAGGCGCUGACGAAAGGCCAAACGGUAGAGCCUGAAACUGGUAAUGGUCUUGCCGUAUUGCAAACCGCAAGAACCUCUGAUGAGGUGGCCAAAUCGGAAUGUGUAAGUACGCAUCUUUGAGAUCCAGUGCAAUCAUGAAUUCCUGUGGCUCUAAACCUGCAAUUACUGACCGCAGAGAUUCCAUCUUGAAUCUGUAGUAAGAGACGUACUGAUUGAGACCUUUUAAGUUCAAUAUUGGCCUGACCGAGCAAUCCGGCUUUGGUACCACAAACAGACUGGAAUAAUAACCCUGACCCUGUUGUUGUACAGGGACCAGAAUCAAAACUGCUGCAUUCAGCAGAGACUGAAUGGCAAUCUGCAGAACCGCCUUCUUGUCGUCCGACACAAGCAGACCUGUCUUGAAAAACCGCAUUGGCGGAAGACAAUCGAACUCUAUUUUGUAACCCUUUAACACUAAAUUGCGGAUCCACCCAUCUGUGGACGUCUGAAGCCACGCCCCCUGGAACGUCUGAAGGCGUGCUCCCACAAUUGGAGAUCCGAGAUGGGCUGGGAGCCCGUCAUGCCACUGGCUUGUUGGCGACCUUAGCGUCCUGACGACUUGUGUUGGUUCUACCAAGUGUGGCCGCUCCUCUGCCGCGCCCACGAAAGGACUGAGGUCUAAAGGAUUUGAACGUCGGACCAGAGUAUUUGCGUCUAGGCACCGUUGGAGGCAAUGGUAAGAAAACAGACGUUCCUCCCGUUGCCUCAGAAAUCCAUCUGUCCAAUUCAGGACCGAACAGCUUCUCGCCACCGUAAGGCAACGCCUCUAUACCUUUUUUGACCUCGGCCUCCACUUGCCAAGAACGUAGCCAGAGUGCUCGUUGAGCUAUAACUAGCAAUGAUGAAAGGCGAGAAGUGAGCUGACAGACGUCAGUAGAAGCUGUACAUAGAUAGUCAGCAGCUUCCCAGAUUUAAUCAGCGAGAAGUAUAAGAUGAUCGUCCUGUAGAGCAGACUAGACAAAAGAAACUUAUCCUUUCCACCCAAGGUGGACUUGGACUUUUAGUAAGAUUGAGACCCCUCCUGUAACUCUAGCGGUCUCAUCUUAGACUCAGAUCUUGCCGCUUCCCGCUCUAGACGAGUGGCGGCCAAUUCUGAUUGCAAACCAACCAAUACAUUUGCAAGCAUAGCCCAUAGAGGGUCCGGAGAUGAAACUGGCUUUAAAACCGGAGUGGAAAUUGUAUUUGUAGCUGAAUUCACAAAACAUACUGUACAUGUGGUAGAUCCAUCAGGCAACACACCUUUACAGACAUGGCAAGGAAAUUGCUUUUUAGUCUUUGCUGGUGCCUUACUCAUUAUGCAGACAGACAAUACAAACUACAAACAGACAAUUUGCACGACUCAGUAAAUAGCACUAAGGUUCGUGUGUGUGUGUGUGUGUGUGUGUGUGUGUGUGUGUGUGUGUGUGUGUGUGUGUAUAUAUAUAUAUAUAUAUAUAUAUAUAUAUAUAACCACUCCAUGGUGCGGCACUC